AUGUCUUCCUCACACUCGACGGCCGCCGCCGCGCGUCAGCUGGCGCUCGCCACCCCACAGCGCGUGUCAGUGCGAUCGCAACGGCGGAGAGCGGCGGUGCGCGUGGCGGCCAAGGCUGUGGAGGAGGUGCAAGUGGAAGAGCAGGCUGCCGUGCCAGCGCCCUUCAACUUCGAGGCGUACAUGUAUGCCAAGGCCAAGGCCGUCAACGCGGCGCUGGACGCGGCGGUGCCGCUGCAGUACCCGGAGCGCAUCCACGAGGCCAUGCGCUACUCGCUGCUCGCCGGCGGCAAGCGCGUGCGCCCGUGCCUGUGCCUGGCGGCGUGCGAGCUGGUGGGCGGCAGCGACUCGGUGGCGAUGGCGGCGGCGUGCGCGAUGGAGAUGAUCCACACGAUGUCGCUCAUCCACGACGACCUGCCCUGCAUGGACAACGACGACUUCCGCCGCGGCAAACCCACCAACCACAAGGUGUACGGGGAGGACGUGGCGGUGCUGGCGGGCGACGCGCUGCUGUCGUUCGCCUUCGAGCACGUCGCGCGCGCCACGCCCGCGUCCGUGCCGGCGGAGCGCGUGGUGCGCGUGAUCGCCGACAUGGGCAAGGCCGUCGGCUCCGAGGGGCUCGUCGCGGGCCAGAUCGUUGAUUUGGAGAGUGCAACUAACCCCGUGGGCGUGGAGACGCUGGAGUACAUCCACGUGCACAAGACGGCCGCGCUGCUCGAAGUGUCGGUGGUGGCGGGCGCCGUGCUGGGCGGCGCCAACGACGACCAGGUGGAGCGCCUCCGCAAGUACGCCCAGUUCGUUGGGCUCGGCUUCCAGGUGGUGGACGACAUUCUGGACGUGACCAAGUCCACGGAGGAGCUCGGCAAGACGGCCGGCAAGGACCUCGCACAGGACAAAACCACCUACCCCAAGUUACUGGGGCUGGAGAAGUCCAAGGAGCUGGCAGAGGAGCUGAUUCGGAAGGCCAAGGAGCAGCUCAGCACAUUCGACCAGCACAAGGCGGCUCCCCUCAUCGGCCUUGCUGACUUCAUUGCUUAUCGCAGUCCGACGCGUCUGCGUGUGCGGAGCAUGGCUCGCGUCGUGCCUUGCCCGCACACCGCCAACCGUGCUACUGCGUCUCCGCACUGCCCCGCGUCGCGCUCCUCAAUCGCGCCGACAUGGAACUCCACUCCGUCCGCCUUCUCGCCUUUCGCCACCGCGCUACGUCCCGCAGCCACGCUUCCGCGUUUGACGGCGAAUUUGCAAAAUCGCGCGCGUGUACCGCUUCGUACACAGCUAGCGAGGCGGCGUGCGCCGGUGGUGCGCGCGGCGGGGCAGGAGGGGGGAGAGAAGGACGAAGACAAGCCCAAGGCCGUCGGCACCCUGCCCGACGGCGAAGCCGGCAGUAAACCGCCCGAAUCCUCCUCUCCGCCUCCUCCGCCGUCCGCUGCCCCGCCGUCAUCCCCCGCGCCCGUGCAGCUGGACUCGUACGCGGUGGUGGCGCUGCUGGGGCCGGAGAAGGUCGACGCGGACGACGUGGCGCUGCUGCGCGCCAAGCUCUUCGGCUACUCCACCUUCUUCGUCACCGGCCAGGAGCCCUUUGGCGAGGCGGGCGAAGCCGUGUUGUUACAGGGUAACCUGCGCGGCCCCAAGGAGGAGGUGUUCGCGAAGCUGCGCGCGGGCAUGCGGCUGCUGUUCGGCGCAAAGUACGAGCUGCUGAUGGUGGAGGAGCCGCGCAAGCCGGGCGCGCCUCCCAGCGAGGGGGAGGGGAAGGAGGAGCGCGUGGCGAUGGUGGUGGUGCGCGCGGAGCAGCUGCAGGGCCGCGCCACCUCCGCGUGGCAGUACGCGCUCGCCGCGCUGCUGCUCGCGCUCACCGGGGGCGCGUGCCUUGAACUGGGCCUCGCCAGCCAGAUCUCCAAGGUGCCGCCCGACGUGAUCCGCUACUUCACAUCGCCCAAUCCCGAGGAGCUGACCCCGCCGGACGUGACGGUGCUGGCGCCCUUCGUGCGCAACGCCCUGCCCAUCGCCUACGGGGUCUUUGGCGUGCAGGUCUUCCACGAGGUGGCCCACUGGCUGACGGCAGCACAGAAGCGUGUCAGGCUCGGCAUCCCGUACCUCAUUCCCAACAUCACCAUCGGGAGCUUCGGGGCCAUCACUCAGAUCAAGAGCCCCUGUCCCGACCGCACUGCUCUCUUCGACAUUGCCAUGGCCGGCCCACUAGCCGGCGCCACCUUGUCGCUCGCCAUGUUUGCGGCGGGCCUUGCCCUCUCGCUGCCACCCUCGGGCCCACUGGCAGCGCUGCCAGGGCUGCAGGAGUCGCUCGUGCAGGUGCCCUCGCAGCUCUUCCAGGGCUCCCUGCUGCUCGGCGCGCUCUGCCGAGCCGUGCUGGGAUACGACUUGAUGCAUGUGCAGGCAAUCACCAUCCACCCGCUCGUCAUUGUUGGAUGGCUGCAUUUGGGCGUGACACUGUCAACAUCACUAGCCUCGUUACAUACGGACUUCUGGGACUCGCUUGGGGGACCUUUUUCCCUGCCCUUUGGUCUCUACGUCCUCUUUCUUCAGGCAUUUAACUGGUCUCCUCUCCCCGUGCCUCCCAUUGUCCACCAGAGGGACUUUGAGAAGCCUGCAUUGAAUGACGUCUCAGGGGUUGGCUGGCAGAGGCAAGCAGUCCUUGUUGGGACAAUCGCCCUGGCAGUUGGCACACUUCUGCCACUUUGGGAUGGACUCGCUGAUGACCUCGGUAUUGGCAUUGGAAGCCAGCUGUUCUGA